ACAACUCCAGGCUGAAGAGAAGGGGGAAACUUUAGAGUGUAGUGCCGCAGAGAGGUCUGUGUCUCUCUCGAGCGUUCUCUUGUUCCACGGGGCCCAGCCGGUGGACUCUUUGGUAGCGCCCUGAAUCGUUUCUCGGGUGCUGGUCUCUUCUGCUAGGUGCCUUCUUAACCCAGCUGUGGAGAAAGGUAGCCCAGAACUGCGGAGGCAUUGCUGGAGCUGAUAUUUCGCAUGGACUUUUGGCAGUUUGGAAAUGCAAAGCGAUUGCUACCUUCUGUCUGCAGUCGGGGCAACUGGGUGCUUUGCAACGUUAGCGAAUCGUUUGUAGCAAUGGAUCGUUGGUGAAACGAAAACCAACCUGGCUAUUUUCGGAAUGUUUGUAUCAUGAUUUUGGAUUUACAAAUUCCUGAGUGAAAAUGGCUGUCUAGAGCAAAAUGUGCAAAAAGGAAAAAAGCGAGGAAAGGGAGUGAAUGUUGAGUCUCAAACACAACUUCCGUGUAUUAAAACCUGCGGAAUAAUCAAGCCUGAAAAGUACAAUCAUGAAUUCUGGAGUUGUCCUGAAAUAUGGAAAUGACUCCUCUGCGGAGCUGAGUGAGCUCCAUUUAGCAGCCCUGGCAUCUCUGAAAGGAGACAUAGUGGAGCUUAAUAAUCGUCUACAGCAAACAGAAAGAGAAAGAGAUCUCUUGGAAAAGAAAUUGGCAAAGGCACAGGGAGAACAAUCCCAUCUCAUGAAAGAACAUGAAGAUGUUCAGGAACAAAUGACCUUGCGCUACGAGGAACGAAUCACGGAGCUCCACAGCAUCAUUGCUGAGCUAAACAAGAAGAUUGACCGCCUACAAGGAACAACAAUCAGGGAAGAAGAUGAGUACUCAGAGUUUCGAUCAGAGCUCAGUCAAAGUCAGCAAGAAGUCAAUGAAGAUUGUCGAAGCUUGGAUCAAGACCAAACAUCUGUCUCCAUCCCUGAGAAUCAAUCUACCAUGGUUACCGCUGACAUGGAUAAUUGCAGUGAUCUCAACUCAGAACUGCAAAGAGUACUGACUGGUCUGGAGAAUGUCGUUUGUGGGAGAAAGAAGAGUAGCUGUGGUCUCUCAGUGGCUGAAGUGGACAGACAUAUUGAACAGCUUACCACUGCAAGUGAACACUGUGAUUUGGCUAUUAAGACAGUUGAAGAAAUCGAGGGAGUAUUGGGUCGGGAUCUCUAUCCUAAUUUGGCCGAAGAGAGAUCUCGAUGUGAAAAAGAACUGGCUGGCCUAAGAGAAGAGAAUGAAAGCCUGACUGCCAUGCUGUGUAGCAAAGAAGAAGAACUCAACAGAACCAAAGCCACCAUGAAUGCUAUCCGGGAGGAGAGAGACAGGCUACGAAGAAGGGUUCGAGAACUACAAACACGCUUGCAGAGUGUCCAGGCAGCAGGGCCCUCCAGUCCGGGGCGUCUCACCUCUACUAACCGACCAAUUAAUCCCAGCACCGGAGAGCUGAGCACCAGCAGUAGCAGCAAUGACGUCCCUAUUGCCAAGAUUGCUGAGAGAGUGAAGCUGUCAAAGACAAGGUCAGAGUCUUCCUCAUCUGAUCGGCCCAUCCUAGGAUCAGAAAUCAGCAGUAUAGGGGUAUCUGGCAGUGUGGCAGAACACCUAGCCCAUUCUCUGCAAGACUGUUCCAAUAUCCAGGAGAUUUUCCAGACCCUUUAUUCACACGGAUCUGCCAUCUCAGAAAGUAAAAUUCGAGAAUUUGAAGUAGAGACAGAGAGAUUGAAUAGUCGAAUAGAGCACCUGAAAUCUCAGAAUGAUCUGCUGACCAUCACGCUGGAGGAGUGCAAAAGCAAUGCUGAGAGGAUGAGCAUGCUGGUGGGGAAGUACGAGUCCAAUGCCACAGCUUUGAGACUUGCAUUGCAAUAUAGUGAGCAAUGUAUAGAAGCCUAUGAACUCCUGUUGGCGCUAGCAGAAAGUGAACAGUCUCUUAUCCUUGGACAGUUCCGAGCAGCAGGUGUGGGAUCUGUUGGGGACCAGACAAGAGAUGAAAAUGUUACCCAGAUGCUCAAGCAUGCUCAUGAUUGCCGGAAGACAGCGGAGAAUGCCGCCAAAGCCCUGCUGAUGAAGCUGGAUGGGAGCUGUGGGGGAGCAUUUGCUGUCCCUGGCUGCAGUGUGCAGCCUUGGGAGAGCCUUUCUUCCAAUAGCCAUACCAGCACGACUAGCUCCACUGCUAGUAGCUGUGACACGGAGUUCACCAAGGAAGACGAGCAGAGGCUAAAGGAUUAUAUUCAGCAGCUCAAGAAUGACAGGGCGGCUGUGAAGCUGACCAUGCUAGAGUUGGAAAGCAUCCAUAUUGAUCCUCUUAGUUACGAUGUCAAGCCUCGAGGAGAUAGUCAGAGACUAGACCUAGAGAAUGCUGUGCUGAUGCAGGAGCUGAUGGCGAUGAAGGAGGAAAUGGCUGAGCUGAAGGCCCAGUUAUACCUACUGGAGAAAGAGAAGAAAGCUCUUGAACUGAAGCUGAGUACUCGAGAGGCCCAGGAACAAGCAUAUUUGGUGCACAUUGAACAUCUCAAGUCUGAAGUGGAGGAGCAGAAGGAACAAAAAAUGAGGUCACUCAGUUCCACCAGCAGUGGAAGCAAAGAAAAAUCUGGCAAGGAGUGUAUGGAUGGAGCCUCAUCUGUGGUAUCACUAGCUGAGCUGAGAACGACAUUCAGCGAGAAUGAUUUGGCAGCAGAAGUUACCAAUGCACUGCGACGGGAGAAGAAACUGAAGGCCAGAGUACAGGAGCUGGUGAGCGCCUUGGAAAGACUGACAAAGAGCAGUGAAAUCCGACACCAGCAGUCCGCCGAGUUUGUUAAUGAUCUGAAAAGAGCUAACAGUAACCUGGUGGCUGCAUAUGAGAAAGCAAAGAAGAAGCACCAAAAUAAACUGAAAAAGCUGGAGUCUCAGAUGAUGGCCAUGGUGGAGAGACAUGAAACCCAGGUGAGGAUGCUCAAACAGAGAAUAGCUCUGCUGGAGGAGGAGAACUCAAGGCCCCACACCAAUGAGACCUCGCUUUAAAAGGAUUCCAGGCACCAAGAUUCUGCCCAUAGAAGCUAAUCCGGGGAGCAGGACCAGGAGAGUUAAAGAGCACCUGCCAGAAUCUGCCAUAGGGAGGCUGGAGGUAUUUGUCAGGUUGACCUCCACUCAAGGGCAUCAUGGUCUUUAGUGUCCUCUUGGAGAGCUUCCCAAGAGACAGAGGUGAUUCGCCACAUAUGUACUGUGCUUAAAGGGAAUGCACCUCACAUCAAGGUCCAAAGGAGAAACUAUCAAUGGCAAAUAGACAUUUCUUAUGUUUGGGGUACCCUGAGGGCCUACCAUACUUCACAGGUAAUUGACCCCAACAGAUUUGUUUUCAGCUCUUUCCCUCUUACCACCUUCCCUUUCCAUCCCCCCUCCCCGCCCCGCAAAACAACACCACCACCACCUUUUGCAGUCUUGGGAGAUACUAUAUAAACUGAGUUAUUAGGUUUUCAAUAAUUUCAAUGCUUUCUCUUUUUUUGCCCAGGCAGUGGGCCCAUUCUUCCCCCCUGGCAAUCCCAAUUCCCUUAGCUUUCCACCUAACAUGAGGAUAAGUCCUGACAUAGAUACGGGACAGGUGUAUGUUAUGGUCUCAGGUGUCCAAGAGGUGCUUAUUGAGAUGAAGGCUGCAGUUCCCUGACUGUCCUUCACAUUUGAAGUUUAUUUUAUAACUCCAGAGGGUCUCACCUAAGUGGCCUUUCAUAUUUCUGAAGCUGAAAUAGAGUUGUUAGCGUAUCUCAUGUCAUUCAGAAUGUGUGUCCUUUAAUGGAACAAUAUAAUUUGGAAGUAAUAGAAACUUUACAUCUGUCCUGCUAGUCCCUGGGGUUGAGAAGGGAAAUCUUCCAUUGUGAAUUUGGGAUUUGAGCUCGCAUCUCACCUCUCCUCUCCACCCAAAAAAAAAAAAAAAUGUAACGAGUAGGUUACUCUUGGACACUACAGUGUAAGCAAAAUGUAUUUUUGUGGAUUCCUCAAAAAAAGGCAUCUCUUCACUUUUCCUGUAGAACUCCAGGGGUAUAACACAUUAAAUAUAUACACCCAUAGCUCUGGGUAUGUGUUGGAAUAAAUACGUUUUGGCAUUUGUGCUAAAGGAGGCAGUUCUUGUUAUAGCAGGUGGAAUACUCAAACUCAAGGCAUUUUUCUCCAUAUUUUCCCAUUAUCCUUGUGAGCAAGAACAUGGCUUGUGGCCUCUUCAGUCAAGGAAAGUGAAGAUUAGCACACAGUGACAUGUAGGAAGGGCUCAGAUGAAGAGGGUAUGGAACUAAAAUGGGAUGCACUUGCCCUCAUCCUUCUUAGGAAGUUUUCUCUUAGAUUAAAAUUGUAUUAUUUUGUUUUGGUUUUUCCUAUUGAGAGUUUUCUACUCCCAUCUCACAUACAGUAGAUGCUUAACAGAUGUUUUGAAUUCUUAACCUUUCAACCAUCUUAAUCUCAAUUCUUCUGAUUAGCCUUUCUUCACUGACAUUUUCAAGUUUACUUUGUGCCUGUGAUAUAGGGAUUUUUAAAAGCCCGGUCUCAAAUUAGCCAACAGCUAAUCCUGUAAUGGCAACAUAUGAGAGUCCAUCCAAAGCUAUUUAAGAAGUUUUUUGUACUAUCAUAGCUUGGUGUAAACUGAAGUGCACAUAAAUAAUGAGUGACUAGGUAGAAGAAGCUGAAAUUGGUCUGUAGUUCACUCUGUUAUGAAAAAGUAUAAGAUUCAUACUGAAUAAAAAAUAACAUUGAGGUUCCUAGCUAUAGAGGAAGAAUUCAAUUGAACAACCAUUUAUUAACGCAUUAUGCUAACUGCCAGGGACCAAACAAAAUGAAUCAGGAGUCUAUGUCCUUAGGGAGCUUCCGGGCAAUAGGAAAUGUAUAGAAAUAAGAAAUGCAUUUGUUUUAUUUAAAGGGAAACUGUGCCCAUGAGCUUAUAUAAUAACUAAGAUCAAAAACUAGGAGGGAACAGCUCUUGGUUUCUCUACAAAAAUAAUCAGAACUGGAAGACUCAGUCUCACAAGACUCUCAGAGCUGGAAAGCACCUCAGAGAUCCUCUAAGUCCAAGUCUUAUUUUUGUGGGGCAGUGCAAGUAAAAUGGCUUGCCUAAGGCGAGUAGCAAAGCCAGGCCUUAAACCCUUGUUUCUUGCUUUUUUCUACUACAUUAUAAAGUACUGAAGUUGUUAAUCACAUUGAGCCACUUGUUCCCCAAAAAACACUAGCUGAUUAGACUAUCAGUAACACAAGCCAACAAUAACAGUCCUUCCUAUUCUCAUUAAUAAUAGCUAGCAUUCAUAUAGCUCUUUAAAGUUUGACAAAGUGCUUUACUGAUAUUUUAUCCUCCUAACAGCCAUGCGGAUAGAAACUGAGGCAAACAGAAAUCAUAUAACUUACCCAGAUCAAAUAGGUAGAAAAUGUCUGAGGCUAGAUUUGAACUCAGGUUUUCCUGACUGCCGUCAGGCCCAUCAUUUUGCCACCUAGCUGCCUCUUUGUAAAUAUACACUAAAGACAUACCACUUUACAUAUUGGGUGAGAAAUUUCUUCCAGGGAAAAAUGGAAUAGUGUUGCUUACACAGUUGUCUAAGGAAAUAGAGCACAAAAGGGAGAAUUUUUCUUUCCCUUUUUCUUUCCAAAUACUUGAAAAGAGUAAUCCCCAGCCAAAGCUUGAACUUUAACAGUUCAUUUAAAAAAAUGUAAAAUAUGUAUACAUGUGUGUGCAUACACACACACACUCACGCUCUUUAAAUUUGGGGAAGGGGUCCAGACUUGUGUUUUCAGUUGUGUGAAAAGUUGCUCCAUUUUAACAGCAGCUCCUCUAUCUGCAUCUUACAAAAAGUCAGUUUGCUCGUGUUCAUGCAUAGCCAGUAUAGUAUGUGGCAGAGGCAGGAAAGGAACCCAACCUCUUCCUGACUCAAGGCCUGUCCUUGCCAUACUGUCUCUUUCAUGGUUAGAUUUACUCAAAAUGAAAAUUGGUGCUUAAGUCUUUUGUAUAAUAAACUGGUUCCACUUUAAUUUUUUUUAAAUUAAGGAUAACAAUAUGUUUUAACUGAUUAUCUCUGGUUUGGGUAGGAUAUAAACAAUUAGAGACAAAAGUCUAUGGUACCUUCCAGUUCUGGGAUUCUUUGACAAUUAUUCGACCAGGAGACCUUUAUUUCUGUCUUUCUAGGUUCCAAACUACUAUCUGUCAGAUGAGCAUUAUGUCAUUAUUAUAGUUCUAAUUCAUUGUUAUCAAGGUGUGUAAAACUUUAGUGCCUCUCCCCACCCUCCACAAAUAAAACAAAAUACAUGUUUUUUUUCCUCCCUGAUUGCAUUCCCCUUAUGUUUAAAGUAAGCUGCCCCUGCCCCCUCUUUUACUAUUUUAACCAGGGUGAGGUUGGGGAAGCAUAUUUCUCAUUUUGUUUGGCCUUUACUGUAACAAAUGUUUCCACAGGCUAGAGACACUGAAUAUAUUUAGGUACCCUUUUUAUUCCUUUUCUAGUGAUGGGUAAAGAGGGUGUUGAGGGGGAAGGGAGUGUGAUGGGUCGACACAAGCCCAGGGAUUUCACUGCAUAUCAGCCCCAGUCUUAGCUGCCUGGGGCCUCAGAGGCCAAAAAGUACAUCAAGAAAAGAUCCUUCCUUUGACCCUAAAGUUAAUAAUCCUCAAGCCUUAAUUGUUUUUUCUCUAGACUAGCCUUUAUAGAGACUGGAAUGAAUAAGAGAAGAGGUGCUUAAUUUUAUUUGUCCUGUUUAAAAAAAAACUGGAAAGAGAUCAACACAAGAGUCUUUGGUUCUAUGCCCUUGGAUUGGUUUUGAUGUACCGUUAAGACCUUGAGUAUACAAGAUUUUAAUAGCCUUUAAUACGUGUUCUCCCCUUAAACUGACUUAUAUAGCUUUCCAAUGAAAGAGCCUUUCAGGGAACAAAAGGUUUACAUAAAAAAAAAAGAUUUACAUAAUAUUUACAAAUCUCUUACCAGUAUUCACAUGCCUAAAUCUUUUGGUGCCAGGCUCUCACUCUUUGCUGCAUGUUUGGUGGUAGACUAACACCAGUUAACUAACUGAUCUGUCCUGCAUCAAAUUAGAUGCCAAUUGAAUAUAAUAGUUAAAUUCUUCUUUCACAUAACCUGUGUAUAUCCAAAACCUGUGCUUAUAGAGGGCUUAAUGAGCAGGAUUCUCUGGUGAGACCCAAGAAACUCAACCUCAAUUUAGAGUCUCCCUUUCUCCAAGGCUCUUAGGGAAUAUGGAAGAUUGUUUUUUAAAAAACAAGCAAACCUGGAACUGUUUGAAACAAUCCUGAUCUUCCUAGCUGUAGCCAGAUUGCUUUUCCUAAACAAAAAAUUGUCCCACAUAUUCUUUAUAAAGUAUCCUUCAGUGUAGCCCCAUAUCCUAGGAGCUGUUUUACAAUACCUUCCUUACAAUAAUUCCCUGAAGGACACAAAAAAUUAUAUUUCUUCCCAAAUUCCUGCUGGUUCAUCCUUGCCACAGUAACAGGAUUACUUUUUUUUUAAAACUGAGUUAAUUAGUUAAUAGUUAAUUCUUUUUUUAGGGAGGGGGAAUGUUUUGGGCAGGUGGAAUUUUUCAAACUUCACUGGGCCACAUAAACAAUAUUUUUAUUAUUUUCUCUGAUAGCUGAGAUAGCUAUGCUGGAAAAGAUGAUUCCUUUAUACAAUAACCAUUUCCCCCUUUUUUUUUACUCUGUGGAACCUAAAAAAAAAUUCAUUUACACACAUCAAUUAAGGAACUGUUUGAUGCUUUAAACUGAGAUUUGCAAAUACUGUCUAAUAAUUCCAGAAGUCAGCCAUUGUUUGGGAGUUUUUUUUUUUUUUGCUAUGAAAUAAAGAGAAGUAUUUAUUGCCAAAAAAGUCUUUAUAAAAGUUUACCCAGUGACUUUUUAAAAAAAUAUUUCUUUUAUUAAAAUACACCUGUGUGCUGACAAGUCAACCAAAAGUGUAAAAUGUUCUCCCUGUAUGUUAAACCUUAAGUUAAUUUACAGCAAUUUUGUUGUAUAAUUAUUUAUGUUUAAUAGGAAAGUUAUUCUAAUACCACAAAUAUCAAUCUCUAGAUUUAACUGACAAUCUUAGAUAAAUUCCUAUUUAGACUUCCUUGUGUUGUUUGCUCAUUCACCCUUCUGUUACAGGAUCUAGGAACAUUUAUACAUAUAUAAAAUAAAUGCUCCUAUGUGCAGGGACGCUGAGUAAUUAAAGUGUUCUCUCUGAAAAUUGACCCUUUGGAUUAAAUAUAUAAGUUAGUGGUUGUGAAAUAGUGAGAUUUUACAACCAGAAAGUAAAGUAAUGAAACUUGGCCUUCAGUUGGGGGUGUGCCAUUCUUUUACCAGUGAAUACAACUUGAUGCAUUUGGCAAACAUUAACAAGGGCCUUUGUUACCAUGAAUGAGCAAUCAUCUUAAAAUAGCAGCUCAGCAAAGUAGAACAAGCUAUAGAUCCAUAAUCAGUCUGAAUAUUAACUGGAGGACAUGUAGACAAAUCUGGAGUUGCUACAGUGGCAGCAACUGUUGUGAUGAUGUGCUGUUAGCUGGAAUAUAUAAAGUUCAUUUAAUUUUCAUUGAGUGACUCACAAAGCAAAACCUCUUAUCAAUCUUAGUAAUACAGUCAAUGAAACUUCACUUAUCUAUUCCUAAUAGAACUUUCAAAUUGUUUGUAUCUUAUUUGCUUUGCAUGAAAGCUUAGUUUUCCUGUUCUUUUUUUUAAAAAAUUGUUCUACUUUUAUAUCACUCAAAUUAGAAUUGUUAGAAGAUUUACACAAGCUUGAAUGUAUUGUCUGUUAUUAAAGCACAUGUGACUGUUUGGAUUUGUCAGUAUUGUUCAGUUGUAUUAAGUGUUUCAUUUACAAGUUGUCACUUUACACUGUACUAUACCUUGGAAUUUUUGAUUCUUCACUUGUAUGUACCUUUAGUUUUAGCUGCUGUAUAAUAGCUAUUGUGUUAAUAUAGAAUUGUAAAAAAAAACCAAUCUGCAUUUAUUUAUACAGAGACAUUUAUAAUACUUAUUUUACAAAUGUUCUUAUAUUCUGAAUAAAUAUUUCUAGU